UGGUCAAACAUUUUUGCAUAUCACAUAUCCCCAGAAAGUACCAUCCAAUAUGACAGAAGAUGGCUUAGGAGAAGACGAGAGCGUACAGACGUACAUUAUUACCAUAAAUAAGAUGGCGUACACCAUUCACCUGACACAACAGACUUUUUUGCCGAAUGACUUUAUGAUUUAUACGUACAACCAAGGAGGCUUCGUACAUCCCAAUUUACCACGCAUUCAGAAAGAAUGCUUCUAUCAAGGGUAUAUUGAAGGCUUCCCUAACUCUGUUGCAAUUCUUAGCACCUGUUCCGGACUCAGAGGUCUCCUGCAGUUCGAGAAUGUUAGCUACGGGAUUGAGCAUCUGCAGUCCUCAAGCACCUUUGAACACCUUGUUUAUCGUAUCAACAACCAAAACCUCCAGGGCCCACUUUGGGCAGAAGGAUUCACUCCUUCGGAGAGGCCCAUGGGACGUGGAGACGUGUCUUAUAAGUUGCUUUCUGAUAACGUGCCACUGUCAGAAAUCACUAAAGUGCACAGAUAUAUAGAAUUAUAUAUCGUCUUGGACAAGGCUUUGUAUGACUAUAUGGGUGGAAAUCAUGAUGACGUGACUCAGAGCAUCGCACAGCUCAUUGGCAUGGUCAACAGCAUAUUUUCUGACCUUAACAUAACCAUCGUUCUCUCCUCUUUGGAAGUCUGGACAGAUCGGAACAAAAUCAACACAACAGGAGAACCCGACGAACUGUUACGAAGGUUUUUGCAAUGGAAAAAUUCAUACCUCGUUCUGCGGCCGCACGACCUGGCAUUCUUGUUUGUUUACAGGGAGAAGCCUAACUACGUAGGAGCAGCAUUCACGGGGAAGCUCUGCCUGCGAAAUUAUGAUGCUGGAGUGGCUCUGUAUCAAAAGGCCAUUUCAAUGGAGACGUUUUCUGUUAUCCUUGCCCAACUGGUGGGGCUCAAUUUAGGGAUGGAAUAUGAUGAUGGAAAAGAUUGCAAGUGUCCAGCACCCAUUUGUGUAAUGAGCACAGGAGCGGUGCAUUCAAAUGGGAUCAAACCCUUUAGCAGCUGCAGCAUCGAAGACUUUCAGAAUUUCAUUAAGUUCAAGGGCGCCCCUUGCCUUUCGAAUAGGCCUAAUUUGAAACUGUACUUGAAGAGGAAAAAUGCACGUGACAAGCCCGUUUGUGGGAACGGCGUUCUGGAACCUGGAGAGAAGUGUGACUGUGGCUCAGCUGAGGAGUGUAAGAAGAGUAAAUGUUGCACCACCGCAUGUACUUUCCAGCGGGGAGCUGUGUGCAGUAAUGAGUUAUGCUGUGAAGACUGUAAGUUCAAGGCAAGAAACACAGUCUGCAGACCAGCGGCAGAUAAGAGUUGUGAUUUUUCCGAGUACUGCAACGGGAGCUCUGCCUCCUGUCCGGCCGAUGUCUACAUCCAGAAUGGUUUCAGGUGUGCCUUCAACACGGGCUUCUGUUAUGGAGGAUCUUGUCAGUCGCCUGAUCUACACUGUCAGGAUCUCUUUGGGAAAAGGUCGAGAAAUGCUCCACAGGCAUGCUACAAACGAAUCAAUGGUCAAACCGACAGAUUUGGACAUUGUGGGACUGAUUCCAAAAAGGGAUUAAAGGCGUGUUCUAUCCGGGAUAUCAGAUGUGGGAAGUUAAUUUGCGUCUAUCCAUACAGCAUUCCUUUUACUAAACUCAGAGUUCCUGUCCUGUAUACUCCGGUCAAAGAUACCGUCUGCAUAUCUCUGGACCUGCAACAGCCCGAGGGCUAUCCAGACCCUAUGCUGGUGAGGGAGGGUACAAAAUGUGGAGUGGAUAAGGUUUGCAUUAAGCAAGUAUGUGAACCAGCUAGCGUCCUGAAAUACGACUGCGAUCCUCUUAAAAAAUGCUCUGGGCAUGGAGUGUGCAACAACAAGAGAAACUGCCACUGUAACCCAGGAUGGUCUCCUCCAAAUUGCAAAAAUAAAGGCAGUCCCCUGGGGGGAAGCGUGGACAGCGGUCUUCGCAGCCUGGAAUCCGACCUUGCAGAAAGAGCCGCAGAAGACAGCAUGAGGACUUGGGUGCUGCUAAGCAUUUUUCUUUUCCUGCCCGUUCUUAUCGCAUCGGCCAUCCUCGUGUUCAAGUGGAAGCGAAUCAACAAGUACUGCACAGAAGACGAGGGGCUGCAGGGUGAUUCUGUAUCCGAAGACUUCAGUAUGUCAGACAAAACAAGUAUCCCCACCCGCGCAGAAAAGAGGUAACUGGGCUGCAAUCCUGCUGUGCAGGGAAGAACGGAGAGGACAAAAUCGCAGCGGCACGCUUGUGUUCCCCGGCGUUUCUCCUCGUUGCCUAAUAAAUGAGGACCUGUCUAUACA